GAGCGCACGACUGGCCAAGGUGGUCUCCUCUAACUACAAGGGAAAGGGAAGCUAUUUGAUCUGCGUCAGGUCGAAGAUGCCACCAUCACUCCUCCGUCGUGCUCGACUGCUACGGCUACGAUCCUCACAAACGAAGAACAUUGUCCGCCACGUUUGCACGACGUUUUCCUACUUCUAUUUCUUCCUGAGCGCCUACGUUGAACUUGAAGAUCAUCCAAAGUUGACUACUGCAGAGCGGUUGGACAGCACCGCCGCAGCUGCGCGACGAUUGGCCACCAGCACACGAAGAACUACGAGUUCUCAUCUUCGGGAACAUAGGAGUAAAACAACAACCGAGUCCUCCGCCUCCUCUUUUCUCGCGGACGACGACGACGACAACAUCCCAGUGCAAAUCAUGGCCGCCCGUCGGAAAGAUGAAGCCGAACCAGACCCGGAACCAGACUCGGACAGGCCAAAACAACAACAAAAUUUCGAAUUCACCGUCGCUCCGAGGGAAAGAAACAGCAAGGUGAAGA